AUGGGUUUCCAAAUAGAACGCUUUCCAGCCAUUAUUCUCGAAGGUUUAGCUUUUGUGCUAGAGCCCAACGACCUUUUUCAACUUGCUCUUUGUAGCAAGUCACUUUACCAACUCUUUAUGAACAAUAACCUCUGGAAAGCCAAGACUGUAAACGACUUUGGCGACUUGUUCCAAGUUUAUACCAUCUUCACGACAGCCACAGGACUGACACUCGAGUCUGGACUAGCUGAAAAAUUCAGUCAAGAACCUACUGACUGGCGCGCCUAUUAUGUUCAAAAGAACAAAGCAGCCAAUACAGAAGAAGAUACCGCUUUAAUGGACCAAGCAGAUACAGAAUAUGCUAAUGCACAGAAACGACUCGAGACAUUCCAACAAGACGGCAAUGUGGAUACGUUGGUACAAGUGGCAAGCAAAAUGAUGUGGAUUUUGGAUGUGUUUCCAGGACAUGCUGGAUGUUAUUAUAUAUUGGGAUUUAUUUUAUUUGUGCUAAACAAGUUGGAAGAAGCUAUGAUUUUGUUGCAGAUGGGACGAGCUGUUGAUCCUGAAUUUGAACCGAUUGAUGUUCUUGAAGAAGAAAUUGAGCGCAUUGUCAAGGGAUACAAGGGUGAAGAAGAAUUGUUGACUGACAAUCAAUUAUCACGGGCAUUAAAGGAUGUCUUGGUAGAGAUCUUUGACAGAUUUGAUCAAGAUAAAGACGGUGCACUUAGUGCUAAAGAACUCACGCAGUUUAUUCAAAAGACAAACGGUAUUCAACCCCCACCUGCUUUCUUGCGUCAAAUGGGUCUUCGCUUUGGAGCGAACAGCAAAGGCUGGUUAACAAAAGAGGGAUUCUUGGCUUUUUAUUUAGAACAAACAUUAGACGAUCCAUCAGAAACACGUAACGAUUUAGGUGUUCAUGGUUAUGAUUCUCAAUCGUUAAGACAAAAGAUGGAAGAAGAAUAA